AGAUGCACUCGUGGUCCAUGAAUGAAGGGCUGCUUGAAACCGUCUGAUCAUUACUGUGGCAAUGUGGAGUAUCAACUUCACACAGAUCGAGCAGGAGACCCAACAGGAGUGGAAGAGAAACUUUUUACAUUGUGUUUAACCGAGUCAGAUGUUUGCGAAUUGUUUUGAUGAAAUAUGCGGAGGAGUCUGGAAAACCGGGUCAUGAAUACCUGAACGCGAGACUAACUGUUGAAAAGUUUGGGAUUCGCCUCGUACAUCGGAGUCAUCGGACGCGUGCGCGAGCUCACGGAAUACCACACUCCUGCACGAUCUCGAUUUUCGCAGGAUAAAGCGAUCAAUGAUGGCGGUGCGGGGAGUCGCUCCGUGCGUUCGGGAGGCGCGCUGCGCGUUCACCACGAUUUUGUUGCUCGUGCUGUGUUCCGCCCAGUAUCACGGAGAGAAGGGCAUCUCCGUACCCGAACACGGCUUUUGCCAACCCAUAUCUAUUCCACUGUGCACGGACAUUCAGUACAACCAAACCAUCAUGCCAAAUCUCCUGGGACACACCAACCAGGAGGACGCCGGACUUGAGGUGCACCAGUUUUACCCGUUGGUAAAAGUCCAGUGUUCUCAAGAUUUGAAGUUCUUCCUCUGUUCGAUGUACGCACCGGUGUGUACGGUUCUGGAACAGGCCAUACCACCCUGUCGAUCGCUGUGUGAGCGUGCGAGGCAAGGGUGUGAGGCUCUCAUGAACAAAUUCGGCUUCCAGUGGCCGGAGCGCCUUCACUGUGAGAACUUUCCAGUGCACGGUGGUGGAGAGAUCUGCGUGGGACAGAACAAAUCGGACCCCGACGUCCCAACCACAGACCCCACUCCAUAUAUACCGCAACCGUUUACGCCACGCAUGAAUCCGGAACGCCCGAGUCAGGCGUUCGCCUGUCCUCUUCAACUCACGGUUCCUUCCUACCUCAAUUAUCAGUUUUUGGGUGCAAAAAACUGCGGCGCCCCCUGCGAGCACAAGCAGCCGCAUGGGCUUAUGUUCUUUAAGGAGGAAGAGGUCCGAUUCGGUCGGCUCUGGGUAGGAAUCUGGGCCAUCCUGUGCUGUGUGAGUACCCUGUUCACGGUUCUCACGUACCUUGUCGAUAUGCGCCGGUUCAGUUACCCGGAACGCCCAAUCAUCUUUCUCUCCGGGUGUUAUUUCAUGGUGGCGCUGGCUUACGCGACAGGCUUUCUCCUGGAGGAUAAGGUGGUCUGUAUUGAUAAGUUCAGGGAUGAUGCGUACAAGACUGUGGCCCAGGGGACGAAAAAAGAAGGCUGCACCAUUCUCUUCAUGAUUUUGUAUUUUUUUGGCAUGGCCAGUUCAAUUUGGUGGGUCAUCCUGUCUCUCACCUGGUUCCUCUCUGCUGGAAUGAAAUGGGGGCAUGAGGCUAUCGAAGCCAAUUCCCAAUAUUUCCACCUGGCUGCCUGGGCCGUCCCCGCCAUUAAAACCAUCACCAUCCUCGCUUUGGGACAGGUGGACGGGGACCUCCUGACCGGCGUGUGCUACGUUGGCAUCUACAACGUCGACGCGCUGCGUGGAUUUGUUCUCGCCCCCCUUUUUGUUUACCUCUUCAUCGGAACGUCUUUCCUCCUGGCUGGAUUUGUCUCUCUGUUCCGAAUCCGUACCAUCAUGAAGCACGACGGCACCAAGACGGAAAAACUGGAGAAGCUCAUGGUGCGCAUCGGGGUUUUCAGCGUCCUCUACACCGUUCCGGCCACUAUCGUCAUCGCUUGUUACUUCUACGAGCAGGCGUUUCGUGAGCAGUGGGAAAAAACCUGGCACAUGCAGACCUGCAAGCGCUUCGCGGUUCCGUGCCCGCCCAACAAUUUUGCGCCCAUGACGCCUGAUUUCACUGUGUUUAUGAUCAAGUACCUCAUGACAAUGAUCGUAGGAAUCACAUCGGGAUUCUGGAUCUGGUCUGGAAAAACGCUACAGUCCUGGCGCAGGUUUUACAAGCGUCUGGGUAACAAUCAAGGGGAGACAACGGUGUAAACCAGACUUUAUAGACUGCAUUUGAGAAACACAGGUCACUAUCGUAAGGAGCUGCAUUUAGGUCACAUCAUGCUGAUGGUUAAAGACACUUGUGUGAGCCCAGCGUGAUAAUGCUUUUCCCAUUUCAAGCAAUGUGUUAUGACAAAAUGAAAUGUGCCCAGACACUUAUAACAUGAAAAGCACAACUCCAAAGAAUAUGCAUUUCUCGAACGGACUAAAUUUUAAAAUAUGUUUUUAAAGCCUUAUGCCUUGUUAAGAACUAAUGAUGUUAUGUAAAUGACGAUUUAAUACCCGUUUCAUAUGCAUGUGGGAUCUUUAUUGCUAAGUUUUGUUAUCAAGAGGUUUUCACAUCCCACAGCGGCCAAAAAUGUCUGCAAUGUAGCCUUGUGCCUUGCAGUACCUGUCAUUUUCUAUUGUUGAAUGUCUCUCUUGUUUUCUGCCACAUUUUUGGCCAUUUUCUCAUAAAUGACAUAUUUUAGUAUAUCUCGGUACAAAUGGCCGUUUGUUUAGAUUUUAGUAGUUGGAUUGAAUGGUCACAAGUUGCUUAUUCACCACGUUUUUAUAUCAAGUCGGGUCUCAUGAAGUAAUUUAACACUCCGGUACGUUAAGUGGCCGACGGGAUUAUAAAUGUUAAGCAGAGAAGUACAUGGUACCAGAUUUCAUUUUUUUGUAAAUAUCACAAUACUGUCAAAAGAUGUAUGAUGUAUUUAAGCAGAUAAAUUGCAGGAUUAUGGCCUUUUCCACAGUUUCACUUAAUAAAGUGAUUAGAUUUUUAAAA